CUGUGUGGCUAUGACCGUGAUGGCUGCCCCGUGUGGUAUGACAUCAUUGGGCCACUUGAUCCCAAGGGGCUGCUCUUCUCAGUCACCAAGCAGGACCUGCUCAAGACCAAGAUGAGGGACUGUGAGCGCAUCCUGCAUGAGUGUGACCUGCAGACAGAGAGGCUGGGGAAGAAGAUUGAGACCAUCGUGAUGAUAUUUGACUGUGAGGGCCUGGGACUGAAACACUUCUGGAAACCUCUGGUAGAAGUGUACCAGGAGUUCUUUGGCCUCCUUGAAGAGAAUUACCCAGAGACCCUGAAGUUCAUGCUCAUUGUGAAAGCUACCAAACUGUUCCCUGUGGGCUACAACCUCAUGAAGCCAUUCCUUAGUGAGGACACUCGCAGGAAAAUUAUUGUGUUGGGAAAUAACUGGAAGGAAGGUUUGCUGAAACUCAUCAGUCCUGAGGAACUGCCUGCCCAGUUUGGGGGCACCCUGACUGACCCAGAUGGAAACCCCAAAUGUUUAACCAAGAUCAACUAUGGUGGGGAGAUCCCCAAGUCCAUGUACGUGCGGGACCAGGUAAAGACUCAGUACGAACACUCGGUGCAAAUCAACCGCGGCUCGUCACACCAAGUGGAAUACGAGAUCCUGUUUCCAGGCUGCGUCCUCAGGUGGCAGUUCUCAUCUGAUGGUGCGGACAUCGGCUUUGGAGUUUUCCUGAAGACCAAGAUAGGGGAGCGACAGCGGGCAGGGGAGAUGACAGAGGUUCUACCCAGCCAGCGCUACAAUGCCCACAUGGUGCCCGAGGAUGGGAGCCUCACCUGCUCAGAGGCCGGCGUCUAUGUCCUACGCUUCGACAACACCUAUAGCUUUGUGCACGCCAAGAAGGUCAGCUUCACGGUGGAGGUCCUGCUCCCUGACGAGGGCAUGCAGAAAUAUGAUAAGGAGCUCAACCCUGUCUAGGUGGCUCCCUCUAUUCUCAGAGACCUCCUAACCUUCUGAUUCCUCUCUAUAUCCCACACUCCCUCCCUCCCUCCCUGAAAUUGAUUGUUAGUCCUCCUGACUCUAUGACAUUAGUGAGAACACAAAGAGAUGCCCGGGGGAAAACUCAUCUGCUGUGGUCAGAUCAAGAAAGGUAUGAGAGGCACAAGCUUGGAGGGUCCAACGUUUCAGAAGAGGAAAAAACAAGGGUAAAGACAAGAAGUGGGUGUCACUGAAACUCAAUAAAUUGCAAAAUGAAUCCCCUAGCCUUUGUCCUCACCUACCCUAAGGCAAGUGUGUAUGCUUGAAUUCCUUCCGUAUGGCUGUGAGCAACUUGGGUUGGAGACGUAUCUAAAUCCUUUUUAUUUCCACUCGCUAUAUAUAGUAGAUGCUCACUGUAUAUUUGUGGCAUUGAAUGGAGGACCACAAGGUAGGGUGCAGGCGACUCAACAGCUGUACAUGACUAGGAGAAGCUUAUGUGGGGUGGAUUUCAGCACCUUGGACAGGAGCAGAGAUGUGGUGGGAUUGGACUGUCUUCUGGAGACCCAGACAAUUCAGCCUCCAGAUUUCUGGCAGUGGCUGUCUUUUGAGGACCCCAGCCACAAAGGCCACAUACCUCUGAGAGGAGUUGCCUACAUCAGGCUUUGUCUGACUUGCACACUCAGCUUCCCACCCUUACCCACUUCCCUUGUUGUACAUAGCUUAUGAUUUAGGGACUUUCCUGGAAGCAAAGAUAGUCACAUCUGGCAUAAUCAUAAUAAAGAAAACAACAAU